AUGGACACGAUCGGCCAGAUCCGACUACUGCUGUGGAAGAACUGGACUCUGCGCAAAAGACAGAAGAUUCGUUUCCUCGCUGAGAUCCUGUGGCCGGUGGCAUUGUUUAUCGGUCUGGUGUGGCUGCGAAACGCUAACCCAUUAUACCAGCAACAUGAAUGCCAUUUCCCCAGCAAAGCAAUGCCCUCUACGGGGAUUCUGCCCUGGAUCCAGGGCAUUUUCUGCAAUGCCAACAACCCCUGCUUUCGGUACCCCACCCGCGGAGAGUUGCCUGGUGUUGUCUCCAACUAUAACGGCUCCAUUCUUGCCCGGUUCUACGCAGAUUCCCAAGAGCUGCUCUUCAAUGACACCGAAUUUCAACAGCUAGGGAGGCUGUGGAGAGAGCUGUCCACCAUGAGCAACUUCAUGGAGACCCUACGGAACAACCCGGGCCUUGUCUCAGGUCGGGGCCUGAAAGUCGAGGACAUUCUCAAGGAUGACGAGACCCUCACGUCCUUCCUGUUGAGGGACGUGGGCCUAUCAGACUCGGUAGUCCACCAGCUGGUGAAGGCCCAAGUGCGCCCUGAGCAGUUUGCCUAUGGCGUGCCGGACCUCACCCUGAAGGACAUCGCCUGCAGUCAGAGUCUGCUGGAACGCUUUAUCAUCUUCCAAAGCCGUCGAGCGCUGUACACUGUGCGCAAUGCCAUGUGUGCGCUCUCCCAGCAGAAACUACAGAAGAUUGAGGACAAGCUGUAUGCCAAUGUGGACUUCUUCAAGCUCUUUAACCUGCUGCCCCGGGUGCUCGACAACUACUCCUCAGGCAUUGACCUGCACUUCUGGGGCCGUGUGCUCAAUGCUGUGUCCGAGAAGCUACAAGAGUUAGCAACAAGGAGCAGCGCUAAGGACCUGUUGCGGGUGCUGAGGUCCUUCCUGCAAGAAGGGGGUCCCUUGUCCUUCAGCCAGCUGAUGAGCUCGGUAUCGGACCUCUUCUGUGGGUACCCAGAGGAUGGAGGCUCCCGGGUCUUCUCCUUCAAUUGGUAUGAGGACAACAACUACAAGGCCUUCCUGGGCAUUGACGGCAGUAGGAGCCACGAUCGCUACGUGUACGACAGAACUGCGACUCCCUUUUGCAACACACUGAUGGAGACCAUGGAGUCCAACCCAGUCACAAAAAUACUUUGGAACUCUGUGAAACCACUUCUGAUGGGGAAGAUCCUGUAUGUGCCGGACUCACCUGCCGUGCGGCUGAUCCUGAAGAGCGCGAACACCACCUUCGAAGAGCUGGAGCGCCUGAGGAACAUAGGCAAGGCCUGGGAGGAGGUGGGUCCUCAGCUGUGGGACUUCUUCCAGAGUGGCGUGCAGAUGAACAUGAUUCGUGACACCAUUAGAAACCCCACUGUGAAAAACCUGAUAGAUAAGAACCUUGAAGGCACAGAAUUUUCAUCCAGAGACAUUCUCAACUUCCUACACCAUGGACCAGAAGAGGACCGUGAGGAGGACAUGCCCAACUUCGACUGGAGAAAUGUCUUCAACCUGACUGACCAGCUCAUUCGCAUUCUUAACAAAUAUGGCGAGUGCAUUGACCUCAACAAGUUUGUGGGCCACACUGACGAGGACCAGAUGACUCACCAAGCACUCUACCUGCUGGAGGCAAACAAAUUCUGGGCUGGCCUGACCUUUCUAGACAUGUAUCCAUGGACUGCCAAGGUGCCAGCUCAUGUCAAAUUCAAGAUUCGCAUGGACAUUGAUGCCGUGGAGCGCACUAACAAGAUCAAGGACAGAUACUGGGAUCCUGGCCCUAGGGCAGACCCUGUGGAUGAUCUGCGCUACGUAUGGGGUGGUUUUGCCUACCUGCAAGACAUGAUAGAACAUGGUAUCCUCAAGCUGCACACGGGCAAGGACUGGCCACUGGGGGUCUACCUGCAGCAGAUGCCAUACCCAUGUUAUGUGGACGACCUCUUCAUGCUGACGUUGAACCGCUGCUUCCCCAUCUUCAUGGUGCUGGCCUGGGUCUACUCUGUUUCUAUGACUGUGAAGGGCAUUGUGCUGGAGAAGGAAAUGCGCCUCAAGGAGACUCUGAAGGCUAUGGGUGUGGCCAAUGGCGUCAUCUGGUACACCUGGUUCAUUGACAGCUUCCUCAUGAUGAGUGCAAGUACCAUUCUGCUCACUACCAUCAUCAUGCUUGGGAAAGUGCUGAACUACAGCAAUCCUAUAAUCCUCUUACUCUUCCUACUGACGUUCACUGUGGCUACCAUUAUGCAGUGCUUCCUCAUGAGUGUGUUCUUCAACAAGGCCAACUUGGCAGCAGCCUGCAGUGGCAUCAUCUACUUCACCCUUUAUCUACCCCACAUCCUCUGCUUUGCCUGGCAGGAGCGCCUCACUAAGAACGUGAAGAUCAUGGCUAGUCUGCUCUCCCCGGUGGCAUUUGGCUUUGGAACAGAGUACCUGUCUCGGUAUGAGGAGCAGGGCCUGGGCCUGCAGUGGGACAACAUCAGGACCAGCCCAUUAGAGGGAGAUGAGUUCUCCUUCUUCACAUCUAUCCAGAUGAUGGUGUUUGACAUCUUCCUGUACGCAGUGCUGGCUUGGUACCUCGAUAAUGUCUUCCCAGGCGAGUAUGGUAUUGGAAGACCAUUUUACUUUCCAUUUCAGCCCUCAUACUGGCAUGGGCCAAAACACUUGCAUGCAGAGAAAAGCGAUGUUGUCAUCAAGCCAGAUCCAGAGAAACAGGAGAAGCAGGAGGAUGUGGAGGCGGCAACAAAGUUAGAAGUCAAAGGCUCCAAUGAGUUGGAUAAGAAGCCCUGCAAACACCAGGACAAGCGGGAGAAGCUUGAGAAAGAGAAACAGGAGCAGCUUAGGAGGGCUGAAGAGCAGAAUCAGAACAAUGAGAACAACAUUGCAGUAAACUGCUACUUUGAGCCGGAUCCAGCGGGACUUACUGUGGGCGUGAUCAUACAAGACCUGGUCAAGGUAUUUGAUGGAAGCCCUCGACCAGCGGUCAACUGCCUGAACAUCACCUUUUACGAAGGACAGAUCACCUCAUUUCUGGGCCACAAUGGGGCAGGGAAAACCACAACGAUGUCAGUUCUCACAGGCUUGUACCCUCCUACCUCAGGGACGGCUUACAUUAACGGGAAGGACAUACGCUCAGACAUGGACUCCAUCCGCCUGUCCCUGGGAAUGUGCCCCCAGCACAACAUCCUGUUCCGCCACCUGACGGUGGAAGAGCACAUCCUGUUCUACUCAAUGCUGAAGGGUCGACAACUGGCUGCAGCUGUGCAAGAGGUUGAGGACAUGCUGGAGGACCUGGGGCUACCGCACAAGCGCACUGAUGAGGCACAGAACCUAUCAGGGGGCAUGCAGAGGAAGCUGUCUGUUGCCAUGGCGUUCGUGGGUGGCUCAAAGGUCGUCAUUCUGGAUGAGCCCACAUCUGGGGUAGAUCCUUAUUCGAGGAGAUCCAUCUGGGACCUCCUGCUGAAGUACCGUUCAGGCCGGACAGUCAUCCUGUCCACCCACCACAUGGAUGAGGCCGACCUUCUGAGUGACCGCGUGGCCAUUAUCUCUCAGGGCCAGCUGCACUGCUGUGGUUCUCCACUCUUCCUCAAAAGUUGCUUUGGUGCAGGAUUCUACCUCACAUUGGUGCGUCGCAUGCAGGACCAGCGGCAGCGGAAGAAGGAGAACCAGUGUGACUGUGCCUCCGAAUGUUCCUGUACCUGCUCCACCUGCACCAAAUACAAAGAUGAGGCGCAGACUCAGCCACAGAUCCUGGAGCGAGCUCUGGACGGCAAUGUGGAGAGCAUCACCAGCCUCAUUCACCACCAUGUUCCAGAAGCCAGACUCAUCGAGAUGAUUGGUCAGGAGAUGAUCUACCUGCUGCCAAACAAGGGCUUCAAGCAUCGUGCCUAUGCCAGCCUCUUCAGGGAGCUGGAGGAGACGCUGUCAGACAUGGGACUGAGCAGCUUUGGAAUUUCUGAAACCUCCCUGGAGGAGAUAUUCCUGAAGGUUACUGCUGAUGGAGAAGCAGCUAACAGCAAAGCUCCACCAGAGGCCAAUGGGGUGCCACAAGCCAAUGGACAGGAAAACACUGGAGAGCCGGUCAGUGGUGAUGGGAAGGGCUCACGGCAGGUGAAGGGAGCCAGUUUGGUUGUUAAGCAGUUCUUUGCCUUGCUUGUAAAGAGGUUCCACCAUUCCACUCGCAGCUACAAAGACUUCCUUGCUCAGAUUGUUUUACCAGCAAGCUUUGUCCUAUUGGCCCUGAUAUUCACGCUCAUUGUUCCUCCGUUUGGUGAAUACCCUAGUCUCACCCUCACACCAUGGAUGUAUGGCAAACAGUUCACUUUCAUCAGCAAUGAACUUCCAUCCAAUGAAGAGAUGAAACAUUUUACAGAGAAACUGGUGAACCAUCCUGGGUUUGGGACGCGGUGCAUGGACAAUCAACCGCCAGAGAUCCUGCCAUGCAGUAACACUACCACAGAAUGGGAGGUGCCCUUAGUUUCCCCAGUCAUCACCAACAUCCUGCAAAGCCCUGACUGGAACGAACUCAACCCCUCCCCCACCUGCCAAUGUAGCACGAAAAAGAAGCUCACCAUGCUGCCCUACUGUCCUGUGGGGGCUGGUGGUCUGCCCCCACCACAGCGGGUUCAGGCCACUGGUGAUGUGCUAUUGGACCUUACCAACAGAAACAUCUCAGACUACCUGGUCAAAACCUACCCUAGCCUCAUCAGGACCAGUUUGAAGAGCAAAUAUUGGGUGAAUGAACAGAGAUAUGGAGGCAUCUCUGUUGGAGGGCAGCUUCCUGUCCUUGAUGUGGAUCCCAAAAGCAUCCAGGAUGUCCUGGCACAGCUUGGUCGCAUGCUCAAUAUUACAGGGGGUAACUACACCAAACUUGCCAUCAAAGAAAUAGGGACAUUCUUGAGGUUCAUGGAGAGUGAAUAUAACGUCAAGGUGUGGUUCAGCAACAAGGGCUGGCACUCCAUAGUGUCCUUCUUGAAUGUAGCUAACAAUGCCAUACUAAGGGCCAACCUGCCAGCCAGCGCCAAUCCAGCAGAAUAUGGUAUCACCACAAUCAACCACCCCCUCAACCUGACCAAGGAACAGCUCUCUGAGGUCACUGUACUAACGACUUCGGUGGAUGCAGUGGUGGCCAUCUGUGUGAUCUUUGCCAUGUCCUUCAUCCCAGCUAGCUUUGUGCUCUACCUCAUACAGGAAAGAGUCACCAAUGCCAAGCACCUCCAGUUUGUUAGUGGCGUCAGUCCUCUGGUCUACUGGGUGACCAGUUUCUUCUGGGACAUGUUCAACUAUUCCCUCAGCACUGCCAUGGUUGUAGGGAUUUUUAUAGGUUUUGACAAAAAGUGCUACACGUCAGCGACAAACUUACCUGCCCUUGUUGCUUUGCUGUUACUCUAUGGGUGGUCAGUGACACCUCUGAUGUAUCCCAUGUCAUACAUCUUCAAUGUUCCCAGCACGGCCUAUGUAUCCUUGUCCUGCCUCAACCUGUUUAUUGGAAUCAACAGCAGCGCCAUCACCUUCAUUCUGGAACUCUUUGAAAGCAACCAGACACUUAUCAAGUUGAACGAGCUGCUGAAAAAAGCUCUGUUGGUAUUUCCCCAUUUCUGCCUGGGCCGGGGCUUGAUUGACAUGGCUAUGAAUCAGGCAGUAACCGAAGUGUAUGCCCGCUUCGGGGAAGAGUACAGUACAGAUCCAUUCAAAUGGGAUUUUGUGGGAAAGAACUUGGUCUGCAUGGCGGCUGAAGGUUUCCUGUAUUUCCUCUUGAAUAUAUUGAUUCAGUAUCGUUUCUUCCUUGACCACUGGAUGACGGAAUCUAAGGCCACCCUUCCAAAAGAUGAAGAUGAUGAUGUGGCCCUUGAAAGGGAGAGGAUCUAUAAGGGUGGUGCCAGGAGUGACAUAUUGUGGAUCAAAGACCUUUCCAAGACCUAUGUCGGAAGAAACAGACCAGCUGUGGACCGGAUCUGCUUGGGAGUACCCCCAGGAGAAUGCUUUGGCCUUCUGGGGGUGAAUGGUGCUGGAAAGACAACCACUUUCAAAAUGCUGACCGGAGACAUUGAUGUCAGCUCUGGAGAGGCGUAUAUUGCUAGAUACAGUAUUCUCACCAACAUUCUGGAUGUACAUCAGAACAUGGGCUACUGCCCACAGUUUGACGCCAUCGAUGACCUGAUGACGGGCCGGGAGCACCUCUGUCUAUAUGCUCGUCUUCGUGGAGUGCCCGAGUCUGAGGUUGGCAGGGUAGCAGAGUGGGGCAUCCAGAAACUUGGCCUCUCCCAGUAUGCCGAAUGCUGUGCAGGAACCUACAGCGGUGGCAACAAGCGCAAGCUCUCUACAGCCAUUGCUAUGAUCGGCUGCCCCUCUCUGGUUCUGCUGGAUGAACCCACCACAGGCAUGGACCCCCACUCCCGCCGCUUUCUGUGGAAUGCAAUCUUAAGUGUCAUCCAGGAUGGGAGGGCAGUGGUGCUGACAUCACACAGCAUGGAGGAAUGUGAAGCUCUCUGCACUCGCCUGGCCAUCAUGGUCAAUGGAACCUUCAGAUGUCUUGGCACCAUCCAGCACCUCAAAUAUAAGUUUGGUGAUGGCUACGUGGUCACAAUGAAGAUCAGGGCAGCUAAGCCAGGGGCAGUACCGGACUUGAACCCUGCCGAGGCUUUCAUGGAGAGCAGCUUUCCAGGUUGUGUGCAGCGUGAAAAGCACCAUAACACCCUGCAGUACCAGAUUGCCACCUCCUCUUUGGCCCGCGUCUUCCAGCUUGUCGUGUCCAACAAGGAGAAGCUCAACAUUGAAGACUACUCUGUGUCUCAGACUACACUCGACCAGGUGUUUGUGAACUUUGCCAAGCAGCAGUCAGGGGAGGACGAAGAUUUAGUUCUGCAUCCAAGAGCAGCCGGGGCACGACGAGAAAUGAAGAUCUCACCACUGAAGGGAAAAAAAGCCUGA